UGUUAGUUCUUCUUUUUGCCUUUGAUAAAGCCCAGCAAGGCAGCAAUUGUGUAGCUUGCAAAGUAGUAAUUUCUAUUUUCUUCUUCUACUUCCUACAAUCCUGCAUCAGAUUCUCCAUCAUCUCUUCAACCCCUUUUUCUAUAGAUUAAUUAAUAUCCAGAGUAAUUUUCGUCAUCAAAGCUUUUGAGGAUCUGAUCUGGAAUUUGAUCCGUUCAUUUUCAUGAUCUGGAUCUGAAACCUCAAUCAACAACCGUUCAUCGUCACCUAUCACUUGUGUUCUUCGUUGAAAUUGGUCACGGUUAGUUAAAUUAGGGAGGAUCAAUGGAGUGGGCGACGCUACAGCAUUUAGAUUUCCGGCAUGUUGGUCGGAGUUCAAAGUCAUUACAGCCUCACGCCGCCGCAUUUCAUCCCACUCAGGCGCUUCUUGCUGUCGCUGUUGGAAGCCAAAUAAUUGAAUUCGAUGCAUAUACCGGAAGCAAGAUUGCUUCGAUAGACAUUGGUUCCCCCGUUGUUCGUAUGGCUUAUAGUCCAACAAGUGGACAUUGUGUAAUUGCUAUUCUUGAGGAUUGUACAAUGCGUUCAUGUGAUUUUGAUGCAGAGCAAACAUGUGUUUUACAUUCACCUGAGAAGAGGACAGAACGCAUUUCUUCUGAUACUGAAGUUCAUCUUGCAUUGACUCCUCUUCAACCUGUUGUAUUUUUUGGUUUCCAUCGUAGGAUGAGUGUAACAGUUGUUGGAACUGUGGAAGGUGGGAAGGCACCAACAAAAAUAAAGACUGACCUGAAGAAACCUAUCGUCAAUCUUGCUUGCCAUCCUCGACUCCCUGUUCUGUAUGUAGCUUACGCGGAAGGCUUGAUUCGAGCUUAUAACAUCCAUACAUAUGCUGUACAUUACACUUUACAAUUGGAUAAUACUAUCAAGCUGGUUGGUGCUGGUGCAUUUGCAUUUCAUCCAACAUUGGAAUGGCUUUUCAUUGGAGAUAGACGCGGUACUCUUCUUGCAUGGGAUGUAUCAACUGAAAGGCCUAUGAUGAUUGGAAUUACACAAGUAGGUUCUCAACCUAUCACAUCGGUUUCUUGGCUGCCAAUGCUGCGAUUGCUGGUCACUUUGUCCAAGGAUGGAAAUAUUCAAGUGUGGAAAACAAGGGUGGUACUGAAUCCCAACAAGCCACCCAUGCAAGCAAACUUUUUCGAGCCUGCUGCAAUUGAAUCCAUUGACAUCCCUAGAAUUCUAUCUCAGCAAGGAGGAGAAGCAGUUUAUCCACUUCCUCGGAUAAGGGCUUUAGAAGUUCACCCCAAAUUAAAUCUGUCUGCAUUGCUUUUUAUGAGUUUGACUGGUGCUGACAAUAGAAAAAAUAAAGCUGCUUUUACUAGGGAUGGAAGGAAACAAUUAUUUGCAGUUCUGCAAGGUGCAAGGGGAUCUUCAGCAUCUGUCUUGAAGGAAAAGCUCUCAGCCCUUGGUUCAUCCGGAAUUUUAGCUGAUCAUCAACUUAAAGCGCAGCUGCAAGAACAUUAUUUGAAAGGACAAAGUCAUCUCACAAUUUCGGAUAUAGCAAGAAAGGCUUUUCUUUAUAGCCAUUUUAUGGAAGGUCAUGCAAAAACUGUUCCAAUUUCUCGGUUACCUCUCAUCACAAUCCUAGAUACUAAACAUUAUUUGAAAGAUGUCCCAGUUUGUCAGCCAUUUCAUCUGGAUCUAAAUUUUUUCAAUAAAGAGAACAGAGUUCUUCACUAUCCUGUCAGGGCUUUCUAUGUAGAAGGCUCAAACCUUAUGGCAUACAAUCUGUCUUCUGGAGUAGAAAAUGUUUACAAGAAGCUUUAUGCAUCGAUUCCUGGAAAUGUAGAAUUUCAUCCAAAGUACAUCAUUUAUGGUAAAAAGCAGCACCUAUUCCUCAUCGUUUAUGAGUUCAGUGGUGCCACAAAUGAAGUGGUUCUUUAUUGGGAAAAUACAGAUACCCAACUUGCUAAUAGUAAAGGAACUACAAUUAAAGGUCUAGACGCUGCCUUUAUUGGGCCUAAUGAGAAUCAUUAUGCAAUUCUUGAUGAGGAUAAGACUGGGCUGUCCUUGUAUAUUUUGCCUGGAACUGCUCUACAAGUGUUGGAUGAAAAGAAUGGAGCAAUUGAUCAAAACCAGUCUACUGACACUGAUGGUACCAGUAAGGGUCCAAUGCAGUUUAUGUUCGAAACUGAAGUUCAUCGCAUCUUCUCAACUCCAAUAGAAUCAACUUUGGUAUUUGCUUCCCAUGGUGACCAGAUUGGCUUGGUAAAACUGGUUCAAAAUUACCGCCUUUCAAAUGCUGACGGCCAUUACAUAUCAACAAAAGCGGAAGGAAGAAAAUUUAUCAAAUUGAAAGUAAAUGAGAUUGUCCUCCAGGUGCAAUGGCAAGAAACUCUCAGGGGCUAUGUUGCUGGUGUAUUGACCACACAUAGGGUGCUUAUUGUUUCAGCAGAUCUAGAUAUAUUGGCAUGCAGUUCUACAAAGUUUGACAAAGGACUUCCUUCAUAUAGAUCUAUUCUAUGGCUUGGGCCUGCACUUCUUUUUUCAACUGCCACUGCUGUUAGUGUGCUUGGAUGGGAUGGCAAAGUGAGGACUAUACUUUCAAUUAGUAUGCCUAAUGCAGUACUGCUUGGAGCUUUGAAUGAUCGGCUGCUGCUUGCUAACCCUACAGAUAUAAAUCCUAGGCAAAAGAAAGGGGUUGAAAUUAAAAACUGUCUUGUUGGACUUCUUGAACCUCUCCUUAUUGGGUUUUCCACAAUGCAACAACAUUUUGAACAGAAGCUUGACCUCUCAGAGAUCUUAUAUCAGAUAACCUCAAGGUUUGACAGUCUACGAAUAACUCCACGAUCUCUCGACAUACUUGCUAGAGGUCCACCAGUUUGUGGUGAUCUUGCUGUGUCAUUAUCCCAGUCAGGCCCACAAUUCACUCAGGUAUUGAGAGGUACCUAUGCAAUCAAGGCGCUCCGAUUUUCUACUGCAUUGUCUGUCUUAAAGGACGAAUUUUUGCGUUCAAGAGAUUAUCCAAGAUGCCCCCCAACUUCACAUUUGUUCCAGCGCUUUCGCCAGUUGGGAUAUGCUUGUAUAAAAUAUGCUCAGUUUGACAGUGCGAAAGAAACUUUUGAAGUCAUAUCAGACUAUGAAAGCAUGUUUGACCUAUUUAUAUGCCACCUUAACCCAAGUGCUAUGCGGCGACUAGCACAGAAACUAGAAGAUGGAAGUGCUGAUUCAGAAUUACGACGAUAUUGUGAAAGGAUCCUUAGGGUGCGCUCAACUGGGUGGACACAAGGUAUCUUUGCAAAUUUUGCAGCUGAAAGUAUGGUACCUAAAGGAUCAGAAUGGGGUGGUGGUAAUUGGGAGAUCAAGACACCAACCAAUCUGAAGAGCAUUCCUCAGUGGGAGCUUGCUGCUGAGGUGAUGCCAUACAUGAGAACCGAUGAUGGUACAAUUCCAUCAAUUGUCACGGAUCACAUAGGUGUUUACCUAGGUUUGAUAAAAGGAAGAGGUAACAUUGUGGAAGUGAGAGAAGAUAGUUUGGUGAAGGCAUUUAAAGCUGAAAAUGGUGAAGGCAAGGCAAAUGGGCCUCAAAAAUCUAUUGUUACAUCGGCAGCUAACCAGGUUAAAGGGUUGCCUGAGGGUGAAAUGUUAAUGGGACUAGAAAGCCUUGGCAAGAUAGUUUCCAGUUCUAGUGCGGUAGAUGAGCAAACAAAAGCAGAAGAAGAAUUCAAGAAAUCACUGUAUGGAUCUGCUGCUGAUGGUACCAGCAGUGAUGAAGAAGAAACAUCAAAAACGAAAAAAUUACACAUUAGAAUUCGAGACAAACCUGUGACAUCUGCUACAGUGGACGUGAACAAGAUAAAAGAAGCCACAAAACAGUUGGGCCUGCCGAUCAGUAGAACAAAGUCAUUAACUAGUUCAGCCCCAGAACUUGGCCUCCUUGUACCUCAACCUUCUUCUGCAACCAAUGGAUCAGUCACAGCUCCAGUGGUUUCUUCACCUGCUGAUCCUUUUGGAACAAAUUCAUUGACACAAUCUGCAUCUAUGCCGAAUCUUGAUCCUAAGGCAGUGGGUGCUGGAGUUGCUGCAGGGCCCAUUCCGGAGGACUUCUUCCAGAAUACUAUAUCAUCCGUCCAGGUUGCGGCAUCAUUGCCUCCUCCUGGGACUUACCUUUCUAAGCUGGAUCAAAAUUCUCAAGUUGCUGAAGCCACUAAAAUGCAACCUAGCCAGGGUAGUGCAUCUGCAGCUGAUGUUGGUCUACCUGAUGGUGGUGUUCCCCCUCAAGCUACUCAACAACCUGUUUCAGUUGAUGUGGUAGGUCUUCCUGAAGGUGGUGUUCCUCCGCAGCCCUUCACUCAACCUUCUGGUCUGCACCCUCAUGUUCAGAUGUCAAAACCUCCCGUGUCCAACCAACCUCUUGAUCUCAGUUCUCUUGAAGCUCCAGGUUCAGGACAACCUUCUGCACGCCCACCUUCUCCUCCAAAAGCUGUGCGUCCUGGACAAGUUCCUCGUGGGGCUGCUGCGCCGCUUUGUUUCAAGACUGGUCUUGCCCAUCUUGAGCAAAAUCAGCUGCCAGAUGCAUUAUCCUGUUUUGAUGAAGCUUUCUUAGCAUUGGCUAAGGAUCAAUCUCGUGGAGCUGACAUAAAAGCUCAAGCUACAAUAUGUGCUCAAUACAAAAUUGCAGUCACUCUGCUUCAGGAAAUUAGCCGACUGCAAAGAGUUCAGGGCCCAAGUGCAAUCAGUGCAAAGGAUGAAAUGGCACGAUUGUCUCGACACUUGGGUUCACUGCCUCUUCUUGCUAAGCACAGGAUAAAUUGUAUUCGAACAGCUAUCAAGAGGAACAUGGAUGUACAAAAUUAUGGCUAUUCCAAGCAGAUGCUUGAACUUCUAUUAUCUAAGGCACCUCCAGGCAAGCAAGACGAAUUGAGGAGCUUGGUUGACAUAUGUGUUCAAAGGGGCUUGUCCAACAAGUCAAUUGAUCCACAAGAAGAUCCAUCCCAGUUCUGUGCUGCUACGCUUAGCCGUCUGUCAACCAUUGGUUAUGAUGUGUGUGAUUUAUGUGGGGCCAAAUUCUCUGCUCUGUCAUCACCUGGCUGCAUUAUUUGUGGUAUGGGUAGCAUUAAAAGAUCUGAUGCACUUGUGGUUCCUGUUCCCUCUCCAUUUGGCUGAAAUUACUGGUUGAAACAAAAUUUCCUCGGAAAUUCUGGGCUUGGUGGUUGUGGUGUUGGUAUUAGCAUAGUGCAAUUGUUUGUACAUAGUGUAAUCAUCCAUUUUGUAUCUGAUGUUCUUUUGUUCCCUCAACAUUAUAUUUUCCUUUCCUCCUUUUCCAUCUGGUGUUUUCCCUUAUUUAGUUUGGCCGUGUGCAACUAAUUCCAGCUAUCAGUAUUCCUUUAGUUUCUUUUCAAAAAUUUUGUUAUUAGGGGCGGGUGUUCUUUUGUAUGGUCUCUCCUUGCAUACAUCUUUUUUGAAUAUCAACAUGUUUAUUUUCACCACA